GGGGAGUCUCUAGGGUUUACAAUUUCUCGCCGAUUACAGCUUUCCGGAGCACCAGCCGCCAAGACCUGCAACUUUAACUGCAAUCAUGUCGCUGGUAGCAAAUGAAGAUUUUCAGCACAUUCUUCGUGUACAGAACACGAAUGUUGAUGGAAAGCAAAAAAUUAUGUUUGCUAUGACCUCCAUCAAAGGUAUCGGUCGUCGUUUUGCCAACAUCGUCUGCAAGAAGGCUGAUGUCGACAUGAACAAGAGGGCUGGAGAACUUUCCAAUGCCGAGAUUGACAAUCUGAUGACAAUCGUGGCAAACCCACGUCAGUUCAAAAUCCCAGACUGGUUUUUGAACAGGAAGAAAGAUUACAAGGAUGGAAAGUACUCCCAGGUCACAUCAAAUGCACUCGACAUGAAGUUGAGAGAUGACCUUGAGCGCUUGAAGAAAAUCAGGAACCAUCGUGGUCUUCGUCAUUACUGGGGUCUUCGUGUGCGUGGUCAGCACACCAAAACCACUGGACGCAGGGGUAAGACUGUUGGUGUGUCGAAGAAGAGAUAGAUUGGAAACGAAAAUUACAUUCUGGUUUUAGACAUUUAUCUAUAAAAUCUCUGAUCAAUUUUGUUGAAUGUUUGGUUUUAAGCUGUUUUAUGUCAUCGUAAUAGUUGUAACUUUCUCUUGGAUGAUCUUGCAAGUAUGUGUUUUUUGGGAUCUUAUAUGAGGAAUUGACUUUCCCUUUGGAUGGUUCAUGAA